AUGUCAUCAACGCUCCCCUUCGCCGACCCCCUCUGGCUCAACCGCGGGUACAGUCCGUACUACAAGGACUCCCACCGACGCCUGCAAAGGGAAGUCCGUUCGUACAUUGACACGCAUAUCGCUCCUUACUGUGAGGAGUGGGAAAAGAACGGUUCGGUUCCGGUCGAGGUACAUCAACGACAUGCAGCGCUCGGCUAUACCGCUGCCACCCCAUUUCCCCUGGCUACAAACUAUCUCAAUGGCCAGCAACUUCCUGGCGGCAUCCAGGCUGAGGAAUGGGACGGGUUCCACGACCUGAUUCUUAUUGACGAGAUUGCGCGAUGCGGCUAUCUCGGUGUGAUCUGGGCGCUUGGAUGCGGGAAUUCGAUUGGUGGACCACCGGUCAUUAACUUUGGAAAUAAAGAGCAGAAGGACCGGUUCUUACCUGACAUGUUGACUGGCAACAUUCGGUUCUGUCUGGGUGUUACUGAGCCGGAUGCUGGAUCCGAUGUCGCGGGCAUCACGACCACUGCAGAACGAAAGGGCGACAAGUAUAUUGUCAAUGGAGCGAAGAAGUGGAUUACCAACGGCAUCUUUGCGGACUACUGCACCGCUGCGGUGCGGACAGGAGGGGGGGGUAUAGCUGGAGUAUCGGCUCUGGUGAUUCCACUCAAUGCACCGGGCGUAACACGCAGGAAAAUUGACAACUCUGGAGUUCUUGCCAGUGGAUCCACAUACAUCGAAUUUGACGAUGUUGAGGUGCCCGUGGCUAACCUCCUUGGAGAAGAGAACAAAGGCUUCCCCAUUAUCAUGAACAACUUCAACCACGAACGUCUCUGGCUUGCUUGUACAUCGCUGCGGAUGGCUCGAGUCUGCGCAGAAGAUGCCUACCAACAUGCCGUGACCCGCGAGACCUUCGGCAAGAAACUCAUCGAGAGCCAAGUAAUCCGUGCCAAGUUUGCUGCCAUGGGCCGGAGCCUGGAUUCUACCUACGCCUGGAUGGAGCAGCUCGUCUACAUGGCGGAGACGGCGAAGGCGAACCGCACUGACGCCGCGAUGGGUGGCCUGUUCGCCAACCUCAAGGUCCUUGCCGGGCGAACUCUGGAAAUGGUCAACCGGGAGGCCCAGCAGGUCCUGGGCGGUCUCGGGUACUCGAAGGAUGGUCGUGGUGCGAGAAUUGAACAGAUCAGUAGAGAUGUUCGGGUGAUGGUUGUCGGGGGUGGCAGCGAGGAGAUUCUGUCAGAUUUGGCUGUGAGCCAAGAAAUCAGGGCUAUGCUGCGGUUGAACAAAUUGUGA